GGGAAAAUAUCUUGUAUAUCCAGGAUUAUUACUUGCAUUCAGUUUUCCUCUGUCAGAAUGACUGGGCAUGAGAGGACACAGCGCGCAAGCGACGACGAAUACAAGAGGAACGACGCCGCCUUCCAUAAUUCGGGGCAAACUGUGGAACGCCGACAGAGAAUUUAGUUGGAAUAAAAAGUGAAUGGAGCGAGCAGGCUUGGAUGGAUACAAUGGGUGACCCCGAGCAAAUGCAUCAAGAAUGGAUAUAGCGGAGGCGAGUUUUCCUGCGCUCAACUCCUCCGCGAACAGCACGAACGCACCCAAACUUCCGCCGCACUCGCGCUGCGCGGCCGCUUUCAUCAUCCUGGUGGUCACAGUGAUCAUUUUGGUCACCAUCGUAGGGAAUGUGCUUGUGGUGGUGGCCGUGUUCACGAGCCGCGCUCUGCGCGCACCUCAGAACCUUUUUCUGGUGUCACUAGCGUCGGCGGACAUUCUGGUGGCCACACUGGUCAUCCCGUUCUCUCUAGCCAACGAGGUGAUGGGAUAUUGGUACUUCGGCAGCACGUGGUGCGCGCUCUACUUGGCGCUCGACGUGCUCUUUUGCACCUCGUCCAUCGUGCACCUGUGCGCUAUCAGCCUUGACCGCUACUGGUCGGUAACGAGCGCCGUGAGCUACAACUUGAAGCGCACGCCACGCCGCGUCAAGACUAUGAUCGCCGCUGUGUGGAUCAUCUCAGCUGUGAUCUCGUUCCCACCGCUUGUCAUGACCAAGCAUGACGAGCUCGAGUGCCUGCUAAACAACGACACUUGGUACAUCUUGUCCUCGUGCGCCGUGUCCUUUUUCGCACCGGGCCUUAUCAUGGUGUCCGUGUACUGCAAGAUCUACAGAGUGGCUAAACAAAGGGCCGCCACCGUGUUUGUGGCCAAACCCAGCAUGGCGCGCCAGCCCUCACUCUCUGAGACGGGUUUUGUUCGCAAAGGAAAGUCCGAACCGACUAGUCCGAGUGUGUGCGGCUCUAACGAGCAAAACCAAGGCGAGCUGGACGCCAUCGAUCUGGAAGAGAGCUGCGUCUCCAAUGCGCACUCGGCCAGAGGCGGCAAAGUGGAACUCGCGUGUGUGUGCGCACGUUCCAAGCUGGACGCGCGCGCGUCGGAAGUGUGUGACGAUGAACCUGUGAAUCGUGUACGACAGAGCUCUCUGUCCAAAGCCAAACUGGCUCAGAUGCGUGAGAAACGAUUUACUUUCGUGUUGGCUGUGGUUAUGGGUGUCUUUGUGCUCUGCUGGUUCCCGUUUUUCUUUACCUACAGCCUUCAUGCCGUGUGCAGAGAGAGCUGCACGAUACCUGACACGCUGUUUAACCUUUUUUUCUGGAUCGGCUACUGCAACAGCUCAGUAAACCCAAUCAUUUACACCAUAUUUAACCGGGACUUUCGGAGAGCAUUUAAAAAGAUCAUGUGCCACAACCCACUGAGAGCCUGAAUGCAAAUUAUUUUUUAUUGGUGAAGCAUUUUACCUGCUGACCCAGCAUAUAGUGAAUGGAAGUUUGUUUGUGUGUGUGUGUGUGUGUGUGUGUGUGUGUGUGUGUGUGUGUGUGUGUGUGUGUACAUAUUAUAGGAAACUUUCUAUUCUCUCAUGUUUACAUGUCUAGAUAAGGAUGCUGAGAUUUCACCUUUAUAAAAUGAUCCACAGUGAUGGAUUAACAUCUACAGUGUUGAUGUAAGAGUGGAACUGGACACAAAUGAUUUGCAUUGUGCUGUGAAUGUAGCUGUAGGAGAGUCUGACGCGCCCAAUGAAAGAUCCAGAAACAAUGCAUUUCCAGUAACUGCAACA